GCUGGUCAGGCCUGGAGAAAAGCCUAAGCUGGUUUGUUGGUUUUAGGCUAGUUUAAACUGAUUUAUUUUCUUGACCAUCUGAAACUGUCCUGUGAUCUCCUCUAAAACCAGCUUUAGCAGGUUAAGAGACCAGUAAAAACCAGCUUUGUCUUUAUUGAUCUCGUGUGUGAGCACAGUACAGAUUGCGAGGCAAAUAAUAAGCAAAUAAAAUAAGCAUAUGACGCUUUGAUGUUUGCAUUCUUCCAGACUGACUGACAGCUCCAUCAGCAGUAACCUUGAACCGUGACGCGCUUCCGGAUGCUCAGCAGUCCAUCGUGACAACCGGGGCCAGGUGUAAAGCCCCAGAAUAGCACCAGCAUUGUUGAGCCCAGUAGACUUUUAAAGCCCCUGUCGUGCCUCUUGCCACUGAGUAAGCUUUCUAUAAAUCCGCUCUUACACACUCUUCCUGGAUCUGACGCCCAGUAGUUCUGUGGUCGUAACGUAUAAAUGCACGUCUGCGCUCAGUGUAGUUUACAAGACACCCAGCGGCCUACAUUUAAGCGAUUUUUCCACGCACAAAAAAAAUGGGUCAGUGUAGUGCAAGGACAUCCGAGCAGUUUAACGAGUUCACGUCACUUACAACUAUAAAGCUGUGUGAAAAACGCACUCCCGGUAUUUCUCAAGGGAAAUGUCGACCGGACGCCUCUCAUCAGAAUGAAGCGGCAGCGGAGAGACGGCGCCGCGGCUGCGGGACUCACGACGACUGCUCCGGACUGGUUUUUGUGGCUGAUCCAACUGGUGGGGUGUGGAUAGACGAAACCCUUGGAAGACAGAGGUGAACCUGUGGAUGUGAAGUUGGGGUCGUUGUUAUUCUUGUUUUUCCCUGAAAUCCAUCCUGAGGUUUAUAAAGGUGACGACAAUGUCAACAAUCCAGUGCUGGAAGGAUCUGGAAGGAUUGGGAUGGGAUUCUUGGAUGUCUGAGGGGCACAAAACUUUUUGGUUUGGUUUUCCAUGGAAACAUGUUUAUUUGAAGAGUUUUUCCAAGACAUUUAUUGUGAUUUUAUUAGACAUUUAUUAUGUCGUACUGUCUGGUCAUGGUCACACAUGUCACAGGUCAGUGGAUAAAUGUAAUUGGAGACCUAUGGUUAAUUUCUUUAAACUUACAUGUCUCAGGGCAACAGUCUUAACUGAGAACUUAAUUAUUUAUGUCAGACUAUAUAUAUUUAUUUUGCAAGUGUUCAAUUUUCAAGUUCCUACUUUAUGCAUGUCAAAUGACAUAUUCUUUGGUUUCUUUAGGAUCUUCAGCCAUUUUGAACAUAUGUGAGAUGAGAAUCCAUGUAAUUUAAUUUUAGCAUGGAAUAUUUUGUUUAAAUCUGUACAUUAUUUAAGACACGAGAGAUAAAUUAAGCAGAACUCCGUUCCAGACACUCUUAGCAUGUCAUUUGGGAGUUGUGCUGUGAUACUUUGACCCAUUAAUCAUACAGCACUAUGUAGAUAAGCUAGAUAUAAUACAUCACUGAGUAACGCAGGCACCAUCUUAAGUAAACUUACAUUUGUUGAGUGAACAGUGAGGAGCUUUGGUGAUUGUGAACAUCUGAUAUAUACAAUGGGCCAUUCAGGAUCCAGACACAAACCUGAAGCCCGUAUUCUCCUCUUAGGGCUCGACGGAGCUGGAAAAUCAACACUUCUUUACAAACUGAAGUACAAUGAGGACUUCCACACGGUUUCUACAGUUGGAUUCAAUGUUGAAAUGAUCGAAACGAAGAAGAACAGGGACAAAAUCUCUCUGACCGUGUGGGACGUUGGAGGGCAGGUUAAGAUGCGAGCGCACUGGAGGAAUUUUUACCAGGACACAGCUGGAAUUGUGUUCGUUGUGGACUCUUCUGAUAUUAAUCGUCUGGAUGAGGCUAAGAUUGUGCUGGAACAGACCUUAAAGAGUGAGCACCUCAGGAGACUCCCGGUGGUGGUCCUUGCCAACAAACAAGAUAUCGUUGGAGCUGCAACAGUAACCGAGAUCACAGAGCAGUUUAACCUGAGAAAGAGUUGCAGUGAUCGAGACUGGUUCAUUCAGCCGUGUUCAGCGCUGACUGGAGCCGGUCUGGUGGAUGGCUUCAGACGAAUGGCACAACUAGUGAAAAUGACACCUGAGGACAAUAACAUCAAAGAGACUGUGAAGUACAUAAGAUCAAAAUCAAUUAGAUCAAUGAAGAAAGUCCGCAUGGUAACUUAUUGACCACUUUUUAUGGCAGACAAACCACACUUACAAAAAGUUAUGUAAACAAGUGAGCUCAUACUAGUGGUUCAGAAUCAUGUGAACUGAAUGGGAAGUUGAGUUAAGGAACCAUAAAA